AAAAGAGCUCACGGGUUUGAUUGUACAACCAGUGGCGGCUGGUCAAGGGAGGGGGGCGGAUCCCGAAUGAGUUUAGCCUUUGGCUCGCUGAACACAACAGAACAACUAGGCUAUUUGUGCCCCUCCCGAUUUAGAUGAGCAGUGCGCACAAGGGCAUCAACUUCUUCUUCUGAUAGCGCUGCAGGCGGCCAACCGGCCGUGCAUCUGCACACGGUACAAUCAGUGGUAGCCUGGUCACAAGGCUGCAUCACACAUGAAGCCGUUUGCACUCCGGAUGGUUUCAGAGGAUGUCCAGCAGCUGUUAAAACACAUUUCGAGAGGAGACAACAAAGCCUAAAGAUCAGAACAAGACAUACAAAUUAAGUUUGUAUUAACAGAACUAUAUAGCUUUCUUAGAAGUAGGCUACUUUUAAGUUAAAUUUUAUAGUUUUCGUUUGUUUUUUUUUAGCAUGUUUUGGUUUUAGUCUGAGAUUUUAUCGACUUUGAGCGAGCUAUUUAAAUCUGAUAUUCUCCACAUCGUCAGUCAUGUUCAAAAAAAAGGAUCCAGAAAAAAUGGCUCUGGUGUCAGACGUGAGGAACUCGUACACCACUCUAAGCGUGUCCAACCAGGAGGCGUUACAGAUGGACGACACAGGUGACAUCAAGCAUUGCCAUGACAACAGCCAUGCACAGGAGGAUCGUGAACUAGAGAAGAAAGUCGCCAAGAGGAGGCUGUAUGUAGUCUCAGUCAUCUGCCUGGUUUUCAUGAUUGGUGAAAUCCUUGGUGGGUAUUUUGCAGGCAGUCUUGCAGUGAUGACAGACGCUGCCCACCUGCUUGUGGACCUAGUCAGCUUCAUUAUCAGUCUGUUAUCCCUCUGGCUCUCCUCUAGACCUGCUACACACAAGCUCAGCUACGGCUGGCAUCGUGCAGAGAUCCUGGGUGCGCUGCUCUCUGUUUUCACCAUCUGGCUGGUAACAGGAGUGUUGGUUUACCUGGCUGUGGUGCGCAUUCUCGACGAUAACUACACCAUCGAGGGGACUAUCAUGCUCAUUACCUCUGGUUGUGCAGUGGUGGCUAAUGUUAUCAUGGCCUUCGCUCUUCACCAGUCCGGCCACGGCCACAGUCACGGGGGUCUCAGUUCACCCGGGCACGGCCACAGUCACAACGGUCACAGCUCGCACAGCAACAGUAACGGGGGUCAAGGGCACAGCCACAGUAAGCAACAAAGACAGAGGGCUCAGCAGGGCAACGCCAGUGUGCGAGCAGCCUUCGCCCAUGUGUUGGGAGAUCUUCUCCAGAGCGUCAGCGUGUUUCUCAGCGCCAUCAUUAUUUUCUUUAAGCCAGAAUAUAAGAUUGCUGACCCCAUCUGCACAUUCCUGUUCUCCAUAUUUGUCUUGUGCACCACGCUCACCAUCAUGAGGGAUAUUGUAAUUGUCCUGAUGGAAGGCACUCCAGCAGGGGUGAAAUAUGGUGAAGUGCGGGAUGGUCUGCUAGCAGUGAAGGGGGUGACGGCGGUCCACAACCUUCACAUCUGGGCCCUCACCAUGAACCAGACUGUACUGACUGCACACGUAGCCAUAGACGAGACAGUGGAUGCUCAGACUGUCCUGAGGGAAAUGACACAGGCUUGUUUCUCCUCCUACAACUUCCACUCUGUUACGAUUCAAAUGGAGAGACAGGCCGACCUGAAGCCUGGAUGUAACCUGUGUGAGGAUCCCAAGAAGUAGGAAUCUGCCUAAAUUCUUGAAUCUGAUCCCAGCAGAAUAAGGCCAAACUCUAUUUUUGCUCCUGUAACCUUAAUAAUAAUAAGUUGUUUUGCACUGCUUGUUGUAUCCUAAGGCCUGUUCCAAAAGUGCCUCUAUCUUUUAGACUAGUGGUGUUUAUUUUACUACAAUUUGUCACACAAUUUGUAAUCAAUUGGGGAAGUUUCAUGGUGAUACCUACAGUAUUAGUUACAUUUAUUACCCUAUUAACUUGUAGUGUCUUGCCUUAAGUGCCUUUGUGUUGACAUUCCAAAAUAAAUAUUUGUAUUGUAAUGAACAAUCAUGAGCAAGCUUGCUCAUGAUUUUUUAAAUUCUUUUUUUUUUUUUUUUUUUUUUUUUAGAAAAGCACAUCCUCCUCCUGUGUACAGUUUUAACUUGUCAAAAACUUUAAAGGUCCAAUAUGUAAUAUAUUUACUGUAAUAAAUCCAAAAACAACCCCAAUGCGUCAUCAGAUAUUAAGGAAACAUGCUAAGUUGAAAUCCUAUCUUUUCUGACAACAAUACUAAUGCCAGUAUUUUAUCCUUUUGAAAUUUGCAAUCUGUGACGGAAUUUUUGGCCUGUGUGGUGUUAUCAACUGCCCAGUUUGACAGCCAGGCCGGGUUGCCAGAUAUACCUGUAAAAACAUAAACCCAGCGCGCUA